AAAAAAAAAUCACUUAUUUUGUAGAACAAAUUCAUCUAAUUCACUUAAAAAGUGGAUUUUACAGGCCUUAAAAACGGAUCGGACCGUCCCGUAUAUAAACCCCUAAUUUUAAUAUAAGAAAAUGUGAUAGCACCUUGGUUUGUUUGGGUUAGUUUAAUUUAUUGAUUUUCUCUUUUUUGGUAAGGCAGUUGAAUCAGGAGCAACUAACCAAACCACCCCAAUUUCCAACCACAACACGGAAUGUUCAGCCAUCGCAAAACGGAAAAAAUGGAAGGCGAGUGAAGACACAGAGAGAGACAGAGAGAGACAGAGAAACAAAGAAAAGAAGAGAGAGAGAGAGAGAGAGAGAGAGAGAGUAAGGCAUGGCUGGGUUACUGGCAUGGGCGGUAGGAGGUGGCGGAGGAAAAGAAGCGGAGGACGACGGCAUCAUCCCAAUCCUGUUUUCUGCAGAUCAGCAAAAGUACGUCAACGAACUCGAUCAGAAGGCGAGCUCUCUCCGGCGUUGGAUCCAUGAUCUACGGCAAAGAUUGCCUCCCCAGGACAUCUCCCAGAGCCUCCCACACCUCCACGCCCACUCCCUGGCCUCCAACGCCGCCCUCGCCCUCCAAUUAAACUCCCACUCCACCACGCGCCAACAGGCCCAACUUAGAGAGGUGACGUUGAAGGAAGAGAAUGCUGCGUUCGAAAAUGCAAUAUCAGAUUGUGAGAAUAAAAUAAAGGAGAAAUUGCAGGAGGCUGAUUUACUGAGGGAAAAGUUGAAGGAGAUGGAUGAAACUGAGAAGAAACUGAAAGCUGAGGUGGAGAAUAUGAAGCAGCCAAGUUGGGUAUCUGAUGGUUGGGAGGAAGAGAAGAAGGCAAAUUCUAAAGCUGGAUUGGAGGCAGAAUCAGCUUUACUAGAUGAAUUGGAAAAGAAGAAGAAAGAUAUGAGUUCAAUGGAGAAUGCUGUACAUGAGUUGGAGAAGAAAUGGGCACAAGUUCAGGAAAAUGCACUUAAACAGCCUUCCCCUGGGCAAAGGGAGAAGACAUUGGAUAAACACCUGCAUGGUCUAAUUGAGCAACUAGCAGUUAAACAGGCACAAGCUGAGGGCUUACUUGGUGAAAUUCAUCUGAAAGAAAUGGAGCUCGAAAGAUUGAAUGGGCUAUGGCGACGAACGGAGAGUAGCAAUUCAGAGGCGAACACUGCUGCUAGGAAUCGUUUCAGUAAAGGCUCCUCUGAUAAGUUACAUAGUUUGUCAGAUUACGAAGGUCAUCAGAGGCUUCCUUAUCAUUCUGCUGGCCGAACUGAAAGCCAGCAGAGGCUUAUGCUACUCAGGUCGGCGUUCGUGCUCUAUAUUUUAGCUUUACAUAUACUGGUAUUUAUCAGGUUAUCUUUUUAACAAGCAUUGACACAUGAAGAUGACAUGUUAAUUUUUACCGCGCAUGUUUGAAUCUUUAUUUGUACUCAUUAAAUAUCCAUUGCAAAUAUAUACAGAAGUCUGUAAAAAUAUUUUUUGUUUUUUUCAUUCAUGCUUUGAAGUUUGAUCAAAAUGUAGCAUCUAUGCGUACAGUUACAGUUGAAAGAGAGAUAAGUACAAGAAAAUGCAGUUUUUGCAGCCGAA